CAACCGGCGAUCGGCAGCAGCAAAUCAACCGGCGAUCGGCAGCAACACAGCCCUAUACGUUUGAAUGGAUAAAGAUAACAAUGCUAGUUUUGAAUCUACCGGAAGCCCUAUUGUUCCACCAGAAUCAUCUAAUUCUCAAACUAAUGUUUCCCCAUCUGAAUCUAAGCCUCCUAAACCCCCGAACAAAAGAAAGAGUGAGAGUAGUGGUGGGAGAGCACCAUCCUCGGUUUGGGACCAUUUUGAUAAGGUUAUAGGAGAAGAUGGGAAACGUAGAGCAGUGUGUAAGUAUUGUUUUAAAGAGUAUAUGGCCGAUUCUAGGACUCAUGGGACUAGUAAUUUGAGAAGUCAUACCCCUAAUUGCAAAAAAUUUCCAAACAAUGAUAAAGAUGGGCAACAAACAUUGAGUUUUAAAUCAAAACAAAAUGCCGAAGAGGGUGUUGAGGUUGUGGCAACAAGUUUUAGUUUUGAGGCUUGUAAAAGGGCUCUUGCCGAGAUGGUGAUUAUUGAUGAGUUACCUUUUCGAUUUGUGGAGGGAGUUGGGUUUAAAAGGUUUUGUAAUGUUGCCGUUCCUAAAUUCACACCAAUCCCAUCUCGUCAUACCAUAGCAAGAGAGGUGACAAACAUAUUCAACAACGAGAGGGAUAAAUUGAGGAGGUUGAUGAAAGGUCGUAGAAUUUGCUUCACUACGGACACUUGGACUUCUAUUCAAAAUUUGUGUUACAUCUCCUUUCGUAUUUUCCCUUCCUUUCUUAGCUAG